CGAUGGCAACGCCUGAAUGAAGAGGCUUCGGGAAGCAUGGGGUUGGCUACCUCGUCUCUGUUGUCUCAAAAGCCAAGACUACAAUUCGCGAACUUUUCCACCAUAUCUUUAAUUUCUUGAACUGCAGCGGCGUCACCUCCUGUAUCUUCAUCACAUCCGGCUUUGCUUUUGGGUUUCUGACCUCGACUCCUUGAGCCUUCGAUGUGCAGCAAGCCUGAUCACCUUGCCAGCGACUGCAUAGUUGUAGUAGUACUUGUGUGGGAUUCUUCCCCCUGUAGUGUCACCUUCUGAGUUCAGUGGCCGAGGCCUGCAAAGCUCGGACCUGGAGGCCAGCUUUUUUUCCGUAUAAAGUUGCAUUGUUGGAGCUGUGGGUGGGUCUCGUCGAUAGGUCGUGGCAUCGGUUCUGUUAGGUCGGAGGUUUGGUUGGUGUUCUUGUGGAAUGUAUUGUUUCUGAAGUAUUGUAGAGUGACAUGUUUCGGUGUAGAGCGACAUGUUGACGUAUUUGUGGUGGUGAGUUAGUCGCUUUGUAUGUCGGGAGGGACGUAGAACUUGGGAGGUUUCAAGCCUUUGCGAGCCUCUCUGUCAGUUCCAUUUCAAUUCCAUUUCAGUUUUAAGUGCUACUGUGCUACUGAGUACUGGGAAUCAUUGAUACCAUCCGGUUUCUAAAUCAUCGGUUGAGUAGCUUGAGUUCUGCUCGUUCUAGCAUAAUUCACCUAGAUUGCUUCGUUUCACAAGUGUGUGUUGAAAACCAUGAGGAAAAGAAAUAGGUCCAACAAAACAGACCUCGUUGUUUCUCCGAAUUCUUAGCUGCUGCGAAGUGAAGGUGACAUUGGCAGACGAGAGCUGAGAGUUUUCCGAUUUGCAUCAAUGGAGCCCUGCUAGAAAAGAUCACUAGGAUGGAGAAGCUUUGAUGGGCCUAUGGUUACAAUCAUGUCAUGAAGUGAGGUUUCAUACCGCUGCAAUUAAAAGCAUCUCAAAAGCUUUUCAAUUUGUCGAAGAAACUUUGGUGACUAAGGACAUCUGCAACGCACAGCUAACAAGACAACGGCUGUGCAGCUACACGAGGUGAAUUUGAGGAAGACGUAGCAACGUCUCUGACAUUUUUAAGGUAGCAGGCGUUGUAAAUAAAGAAAUAUCGUCCAAUGGCAGGUGUGAAAGGAGCAGCUCACGCCAACGUGGCCAUGGCUAUGGCCAUAGCAGGCAGGGCUUCACGAGCCUGCGAUGUCUGCGGUUCUCAGAGAGCCCGAUGGUACUGUGAGGCUGACAACGCGCACCUUUGCAAUCGAUGCGACCAAAGUGUUCACUCCGCCAACGCACUGGCCCUUCGCCACGAGCGUGUCCGCCUCAAUCCGCAGGACUGCACCACUCAACCCCUAAAGAAAGUUGUUGUUGAUACCUUGGAUGCCAGUAACAAAUCGCGCAAGUCUCAUCAUCCCCGGCCGACAGACAAACACUCACUGCCUUCACGCAAACGCUCCCGUCUGUCCCGUCGGCCCAAUCCUCACCUCCGACCCCCGACCAGCACUUCCAAAUCGCAACAUCGCCGAGGUAAGGUGAAAUCUGAAGGCAGAGGAGCGGAAGAUUCUCAUGAAGUUCCGAACUUCAUUACCGUCAACAUCCAGGAGUCUCCCGUAUCCUUCGCGCAUGACAGUGCCACGGCCAUGUCGAUGGCAGAGUUCUGCAAGGAAAGGGCCACUGCGGCCGCGUCUGUGUAUGUGGAUGUGGAGGACGCAUACGAGGAGAUUAGCAGCGGAGACACAGGACCAGAUUUUUUGGUCCCGAAUGGCUACAUGGACGACUUCGAGAGUGCAAUUGGGGCUCCCAUCGGAUGCCAUGAGGACGCUAGAAGUCCCUUCGACUCUGGAAACGGUGCAAUGGACAUGAACAAAAGCCAUGACAUAAUGUUUAUGAGAAAUGACCUUGAGCUUUGUGGGAGCGAUGAGCAAUACGAAGAUUAUCCCUUGGAUUUCUCAGAUAUCGUGGGAUUGCGGGAUGGGGAUGCCUUUGAGGGAGAUUGUGGGGAUACGUCUGAAUUGGUCGAUGAAGUUGGGGAGGAAAACAAAGACGAAGAUGGCGACGGAGAUGGCGAUGGCGAUGGCGAUGGUUUUGAAUGUAGCCUAGACGCGAGAGCACAGAGCAACGUGUGUGAAGACCAAGGGCUGGUAUCUUACACACAAGAUUUCCCCUACAAGGUGAAGCAAGAAUAUACCGUGCCAGAUAGCUACGAUCUUAUAAAGAAGGAGGUAGCUGCCGUGUUGCGGUGCUCGCUUCAGGGCGAGGAAGUGAAACCUGCACCGUCGCUGCUGAGAUUGAACUACGAGGAUAUCAUGUCUGCAUGGUCUGACCGCAGCCUCUGGACUGAUGGAAAACGUCCGCAGACAGUGCCCGAUGAUUCCAACUCAGAAUCUACGGUAGACCUCGGGAUGGUACCAGAUUUCGGUAAUGGAUGCCAAACUGUUCCAGGAGGAAGCGACGGAGGAAGAGGAGCUCGCAUUAUGCGCUACAGGGAAAAACGGCGCACUCGUCUUUUCUCAAAAAAAAUCCGGUAUGAAGUUCGCAAGUUAAACGCGGAGCGACGACCUCGGAUGAAGGGCCGGUUUGUGAAGCGAACACCCGGAUGCUCAUGACCAAAGCUAAGGUUCAAAGGUUUUCGCAUGGGUUGGACUGCUGAUGAGGGUCUGCAAUGUUAGUCCCAUCAGACAAAAAUGCCCAAGCUAAACGUGCGAAGGACAUGCCGAAGUAGUCCGCCACCGCAGAGGCGUUUGAGCUGGUUCUGGAGAAGGGCAUACAUAUCUUCCAUAUUAAUUCUAUGAAAACAAUGAUCUGGACACUUAGUAUUUGCCUUCUUGCACGUAGGAUCCAGCCGACUAAUUUUAGAGCAGAGGCUCUCGAUGGAUGUAUUGGUGAUCAUGUGUUGUAACAUAGUAAUAUUGCUAGUCGAGUGGUUCAACAGGAUAUCUUAGCAUUGUACAAAAGCGCCAGUGACGAGUCUUAUUUUCAAUUAAGAGCACAGAGAAUUCUUUUUUCCUCCUUGAUGAGGUAUUGGAAGUAGUUUGCUAGCUAGCUUCUCAGGUGGCCCAAGCGGUGCUCUGUCUUUUCUGAGAUCCGAUUGAUGUUAUUGAUUGCGGAGGAUCCGUGAUUUCAUUACCAGAAGGAUUGCAACCUUCACGCACCA